UUUCCCAAGUGUUUGAAACUGGUAUUUGGGUUUUCCACGUUGGACAAGUGCGGCGAGGCGGGCGGCGGAGCGCGCCCUUCCCGCAGCCGGCCCCGCUCUCUCCGCUCUCCACGCUGGUGGCGGGUGGGCGGCGGUGGCCGGCCCUCUUUGGGUGUGUGCGCGCUAGUACGCACGGCCCCCCGCGCCGCCCGCCGCCCGGGAGGGGGCCUGCACGGCCGGCGGGGUGUGCGCUUGAGCUUCGGCCGCCGCGGCCCGCGCCUGCAGGCGCCGGGGUCCCCGCGGCCCCGGAGGCGGCGCGGCAGGCGCCAGAUGUAGCCGCCGGCCAGCCCGGCCGGAGCGGCGGGGGGGCGCGGAAGGGCGAGAGAGCUUUGCAUUUUGCAGUGCUGUUUGAGGGGGGCGGGGGGUGGAGGAAGCGGAAAGCCGCCGAAUCGCCGGGGACCUCCGGGGUGAACCAUGUUGAGUCCUGCCAACGGGGAGCAGAUCCACCUGGUGAACUAUGUGGAGGAUUACCUGGACUCAAUCGAGUCACUGCCUUUCGACCUGCAGAGGAACGUCUCGCUGAUGCGGGAGAUCGACGCCAAAUACCAAGAGAUCCUGAAGGAGCUGGACGACUACUAUGAGAAGUUCAAACGGGAGACAGACGGCACCCAGAAGCGCCGGGUACUGCACUGCAUCCAGAGGGCCCUGAUCCGCAGCCAGGAGCUAGGCGAUGAGAAGAUCCAGAUCGUGAGUCAGAUGGUGGAGCUGGUGGAGAACCGCAGCAGACAGGUGGACAGUCACGUGGAGCUCUUCGAAGCACACCAGGACAUCAGUGACGGCACUGGUGGCAGCGGCAAGGCGGGCCAGGACAAGUCGAAGAGUGAGGCCAUCACACAGGCAGAUAAGCCGAAUAACAAGCGGUCCAGGAGGCAGCGAAACAAUGAGAAUCGAGAGAACGCGUCGAAUAAUCACGACCAUGAUGACAUCACCUCAGGAACGCCCAAGGAGAAGAAAGCAAAAACCUCAAAGAAGAAGAAACGCUCCAAGGCCAAAGCAGAGAGGGAAGCGUCUCCUGCCGACCUUCCCAUCGACCCCAACGAGCCCACGUACUGUCUGUGCAACCAGGUCUCCUACGGGGAGAUGAUCGGCUGUGACAACGACGAAUGCCCCAUCGAGUGGUUCCACUUCUCCUGCGUGGGGCUCAACCAUAAACCAAAGGGCAAGUGGUACUGCCCCAAGUGCCGUGGGGAGAGCGAGAAGACCAUGGACAAAGCCCUGGAGAAGUCCAAGAAAGAGAGGGCUUACAACAGGUAGUGAGUGGACACUCACCCGUGGUCAGUGACACAGCCACCAGUGUGUUUAUGGUAUCGCUGCCUUCGUGGAAGUCCGAGGGCAGUCAGAUGAGUAUUUUAGAGAAUGUUAGCCGUGCCUCCUCUCCUCGGAUGGCGGAGACAGCCUGCGUCUUCAUGGUGUACCUUGUUCCCAGACUGGGUCUGCAGAGCCGCAAUUUAGAAACUACAAAUACAGGUUCGAAUUAACCAUGUCAGCGAGUGUCAGACUGAUUUUGGGGGUUGGGGAGUGACUUGGAAGUAAGCUAACAGCUGUAUAAAGAAGAGAUUUCAUUUGGCUGUUUUGACAAAAAUGUUACGGUUUACAAAAAAAAAAAAAAAUUAGCCAGGUUGCUGAAGUACAACAAGCGUGCUUCUUGCUACCAUAAUGUAUAUCCACACGACAAGUUGGUGGUCUAAAGUCUAAAUAUUAUUAUUUUUUAAAGAGGUAAAUGGGUAAAUUUUACAUGACAUAUUUUAUACAUGGCCUAUUCCCUAACUGGCCAUUUUUAAUGACUGGGUACAUUUUUAAUAGGUCAGACACAAGUGGUCCAGGCAGUGGGUCCGAGUCUUGCCUUUGCUACCCUAGGUCAUGGUGUAGCCACCUUUAACUUAUAUGAAGUGUAUAAAUGUACAUCUUGCCCCUGCUGUAUCAUAACCGGAAGUGCAGCCUGGUGCUGUUAUGAAGCCAAGGUGUGCAUCCUGCUGCGUGUGUGAGCUGUAUAGAUGUUGCGUCAAGAAAUAAAUGAAACUUGGCCAGUUUGUUUCUUUAGCAUUUAAUUUUAACAUACAAAUAAUUUUAAAUUUUUGUCUUAAAAAUUUAUACACCAGCAGUUUAGACAAAGCCUUAAGCAAAUUGUAUAUUAUUGAUCUCACGUAAUAAGGAAGUAGGCAUUAUGUCCAUGCCAGCAAAUACAUGUCAAAGGUGUUUAGAUCAGAGGUUAGGACGUGACUGUGCUUGUGAGGUCCAGCCCCACCAUCUGUUUUUGUAUGGCCUGUGAGCUAAGAAUGGUCUCUAUGUUUCUGAGUGGUUUUUAAAAUCACAUUUCAUGAUACACGAAAGUCCUAUGAAAUGAAGAUUUGCGUGUCUAUAAAUAAAGACUCAUUGGAACACCA